AUGAUAUACUGUCAAAUUUCUGCCUCUGUGACACUCUCUCACUCUCAUCCUCCUGCUGCAACAUUCUCUCUCAGUAUUGCCUCUAAAAUGAAGUAUUCUGUCUCUGUCAUUGUCUGCCUGGCACCCUCUCUCUCUCUGCCUUCUCUGUGUCAACCCUCUCUCUCUCUUGCCUGCCUCUGUGUCACCCUCUCUCUCUCUCUGCCUGCCUCUGUGUCACCCUCUCUCUCUCUCUGCCUGCCUCUGUGUCACCCUCUCUCUCUCUCUCUGCCUGCCUCUGUGUCACCCUCUCUCUCUCUGCCUGCUCUGUGUGUCUCUCUCUGCCUGCUCUGUGUCUCUCUCUCUCUCUCUGCCUGCCUCUCUCUCUCUCUCUCUCUCUCUCUGCCUUUUGGUUUCUCUCUCUCUCUCUCUCUCUGCCUGCCUCUUUGUCUCUCUCUCUCUCUCUCUCUGCCUUUCUCCCUCUCUCUCUCUCUCUCUGCCUGCCUCUGUGUCUCUCUCUCUCUCUCUCUCUCUCUCUGCCUCUGCCCUCUCUCUCUCUCUCUCUCUCUCUCUCUCCUCUCUCUCUCUCUGCCUGCCUUGUGUGUGUCUCUCUCUCUCUCUCCUCUCUGUGUGUCUCCACCUCUGUGUCUCUGUCUUUCUGUCCACCUCUGCUCUCUCUCUCUCUCUGUGUGCCUUUCUCUCUCUCUCUCUGUGUGUGUGUCUCUCUCUCUCUGCCUGCCUCUGUGUUACCCUCUCUCUCUCUCUCUAUGCCUUUGUGCCUCUCUUCUCUCUCUGCCUCACAUAAUCUGCCUCCUCUCUAUCUGCUUUUGUCAGGACUCUUUCAUUUUGUCUCUCUCUCAUGCUCUUUUUCUUUCUCUCUCUGCAACUCUCUCCACCUACUCUCUCUCUCUCAAUACACACUUCCUGCUGGAAACUCUCUCUGUUUCAGUGUGCACUUUCUGCCAGAAAGACUCAGUGUGCACUUUCUGCCAGAAAGACUCAGUGUGCACUUUCUGCCAGAAAGACUCAGUGUGCACUUUCAAUAUGUGCUUUCUGCCAGAAAAACUCUCUCUCAGUUCUGCGUGUGUGUGUCUCUCUCUCUCUAUACCUUGUUCCAUUUUUCCUUCAUUCUUUUUCUUUUCUCUUCACUUCAUCCUUUACUCCUCUGAUUAUAUUUCUUCAAAUCUUUCUUCAUGUAUUUCCCCCCACUCUGUUUCCUUCUUUCUUUUCCUCUCAUUUCUUCAUACAUUUUGUCUUUUUUUUUUUUCUUUCUUUUCCAUUCACCCCCUCACACUCACAUCAUCAAUCCUUGUUCUUUCCUUUUUGCUGAAACCAACUUGA